AUGACGAGCGCGUACCCCUCCGUCUUCACCUUGCCGCGGGUCCCCCUCCCCUCCGACGGGGUGUACACAGACACCCUGCUCGAGCAGCGGGACACGGAGGACCGGCUCGGCGACGUGCUUGCCGACACCGCACCCGCACUCGUACCAAGAGAACCAGCCACGGCGGGGGGCACGACGGUCCUCCGGAAAGCGGAGCACGGCAUUUUCUUGCACAGCACGUUCUACCGCCUCCCAUCUCCCUAUGUUGCGCUCGACGCAUCGCGGCCGUGGCUCAUGUACUGGACUGUGCACAGUCUCGAUCUGCUGGGCAUUGGUCUGGAUCCCGGAACGACUGAGCGGGCAGUCCAGACUCUGCUCAAGUUUGAAUCGCCGACGGGCGGCUUCGGCGGCGGACCGGGAAACACGCACCUCGCCCAUCUCCUGCCGAACUAUGCGGCCGUGUGCUCGCUCGCGAUUGUGGGCUCGGAGCGCAGCGGCUGGCCCCAACUCGUCCAAGCGAGACAGGGCAUCUACGACUUUUUCAUGCGCAUGAAGCGUCCCGACGGCGGGUUUCAUGUCUGUGACGGCGGCGAGAUUGACGUGAGGGGAACAUACUGCCUCCUCGUCGUCGCGACGCUGCUGGACCUCCUGACGCCCGAGCUCCUGCUCGGCGUCGACCGCGCCCUGGCCUCUUGCCAGACGUACGAGGGCGGCUUCGCCGCCAGUGCCUUCGCCUUUGGUCUCGACACGGCUGAUGCCGACGCGCCGCGCGCAGCCCUCGCAGAGGCGCACGGGGGGUAUACCUCGUGUGCGCUAAACUCGCACUUUCUCCUCUCCUCUAUUACGCCCCCGAACUCGCCCCUAUCCUCGCUGCCGGGCGACUAUCCCAGGCCGAUCGACGCCGAGUCCGCCCUCAGGUGGAGCGUCAUGAUGCAGGGCGAAGCGGGAGAAGUGGGUGGGUUCCGGGGCCGCACGAACAAGCUCGUAGACGGGUGCUAUGGUUGGUGGGUUGGGGGCGGGGUGCCCGUUGUAGAGGAGCUGGCGCGGCGGCAGCGAGACAAGCACGAGCCCGAGUCGCGCAUAGCCGUGCUCGACGACGACGGGGAUGGCGAGUGGACAGACGAGCCGGGCAUGCAGGCGCUGUUCAACCGGGGUGAGUUGUGCUACGAAGGUGAUGUGCUGACAUCACCAGUCGCGCUGCAGGAGUACGUCCUCCUCGCGGCCCAGCGGGAGGCCGGCCCCGAACCAGCCGGCGGGCUGAGGGACAAGCCCGGCAAGCGGCCAGACCUGUACCAUACCUGCAACAAUCUGUCUGGACUGUCGGUCGCGCAGCACCAGAUGCGCCAUGACGCGGCUGCGGUGCAGGCCGCAAGGGAUGCGUUUGACACGACGGCGGGUCUGCCGGCCGUCCAGCCCACGACGGCAGAGGGAGGGUGGAGCAGCGAAGAGGAGCGGCAGAGGGUGCGCCGCGAGGUGUAUGCCAAUGUCCUGGGCUGGGUCGAGGAUAAGAGCAACGAGCUCGUCGUCGGGGGCCAGGAGAGCAGGGUGGGCGUCACGACACCCGUGUUCAAUGUGUCGCAGGGAAGACUGAGGCCGUUCAUCAAGUACUUCUACGGACAGAAGUGA